ACACAGGGCACCUUAUCGUAGGAGCUAGGGUUGGAGACGACGUGUAUUUUGUCAUAAGUAACUUCGAGUUAUCAACAGGACCAAGUAACCGCCAAGACAAGGAACUACAGCCCGGAAUGGAUAGCACGGGCACAUCACUGACUGCUGGAUGACUGAUUCCUGCAGGAUUGUACCUUUUUUUAUCAGAGGAUCCAUGACUGCAAGAUGAGUGUGAAACUUGAAGACAUAUUGGCCAAGUGAAAGUCCUCUCUCAAGGGAAUGAACGAUUGGUAACUUCUGGAGAAGAGGCUGCUGAAUCAAAGACUUUUUAUCCAUGAUUUCACACUGUUUUUCCACAUCUUGGCUUAUGAAUAAGGAAAGUUAGUGGGCUGAUGAAACCAUCCUGAGAGAUGAUGAACCGUUACACCACCCUGAAGCAGCUGGGUGACGGCACCUAUGGCAGCGUGCUGAUGGGGAGAAGCAACGAGUCUGGAGAGCUGGUCGCUAUCAAGAGAAUGAAGAGGAAGUUUUAUUCAUGGGAAGAAUGUAUGAACCUACGAGAGGUGAAGUCACUGAAGAAACUGAACCAUGCCAACGUGGUGAAACUGAAGGAGGUUAUCAGAGAGAACGAUCACCUCUACUUUGUCUUUGAAUAUAUGAAGGAGAACCUCUAUCAGCUUAUGAAGGACAGAGAGAAUAAGAUGUUCUCUGAAAAUGAAAUCAGGAACAUCUUGUUUCAAGUUCUGUCUGGGUUGGUUUUUGUACAUAAGCACGGUUUCUUUCAUCGUGAUAUAAAGCCAGAGAAUCUUCUAUGCAUGGGUCCAGAACUGGUCAAAAUAGCAGAUUUUGGACUGGCCAGAGAGAUCCGCUCCAAACCUCCCUACACAGACUACGUGUCAACGAGAUGGUAUCGAGCUCCAGAGGUUCUGCUCAGGUCGAUUUCCUACAGCUCUCCCAUUGACCUGUGGGCUGUGGGCUGCAUCAUGGCUGAACUCUACACUCUCAGACCUCUAUUUCCUGGAAACAGUGAAGUGGAUGAGAUCUUUAAAAUCUGUCAAGUCCUAGGCACAGUCAAAAAGGCAGAUUGGCCGGAGGGCUACCAGCUCGCAGCUGCUAUGAACUUUCGGUUCCCCCAGUGUGUGCCGACCCACCUGAAGACCCUCAUCCCAAAUGCCAGUAAUGAGGCCAUCACUCUGAUGAAGGACCUGCUGCAGUGGGACCCAAAGAAGAGACCGACUGCUGUGCAGGCCCUGCGUUAUCCAUACUUCCAGGUAGGACAAAUUUUAGGACCUCGUCCUCAGAGCCAGGAUGUGAAGAAAGCACAAGCAAGGAUGCAAGCCCAGAGGCAGACACCAGAGAGCAAGACCGAACCCCAACAGACUUCAUCUGAGUCCAAAGCCUCAACUUCCUCCUCCAGAAACCAUCAGCAGCAUCAGCCUCUUCAGCAGAUCCCCCUACCCCAAACAGAGUGUAAACCAGGUCUCAGCCAUGCAAAAGCAUCAUCAGUGGGCAGUGAGAACAGUAUCUCUGGUGGAGGAGUGGGGGUGUUAAAGAGUGGCCGUCGUCGCUGGGGCCAGACGGUGGCCAAGACCUCAGAUAGUUGGGAGGAAUCUGACCCCUCAGAAACAUCUGCCUCCAACUCCAAGAAACCCAGCCUAGGGAACGCAGUGGAGGAGAAGGCCUCUGUGGAGCACCGACCACUGCCAAAGGAGCAGAAACCUUUGUAUUCAUACAGCACAGUGACAAAGCUACCCAAUAAUAUUAAAACUAACCAAAUAGACUCCAAUCUACCUGGAUCUGCUGCACGGCAGCAUUACCUGAGCCAGUCGAGAUACUUGCCAGGGUUGAUCACCAAGAAUCAGAAUUCCUCUGGAGAUAAGGAGAUGGCUGGCAUGUCGCUGCGGGACUUGUGGGAGAACUCCUCAAACACAGUCAAUAAACCACUCGCUCCAAUUGGAACCAGAGUCAAUGCAGAUGAGAAUGCCUCUAAAUCUUUGGAUAACCCACAAGAGAAAGCUAUUGUUAAAGAAAGAGUUCUUGAGAAAAUCGAUCUCUCCAAAGGGACCUUUGUAAGCACCAAAUACAACCUCUCUGGAGGUUAUAUCCCGUCAUUCCAAAAGAAAGAGGUGGGCUCUGUGGGACAAAGAAUCCAGCUUGCUCCUUUAGCUGGACAGCAUGCAAUUAAUCUUUCCUCAUCUCCUGAUAAUAAAAAAGACAAGCCAAAAUCUGAAAAAAACAAGCCCAUUUCCAACUCAUCUUUGAGUGACUCUAAUGGAGAUUUCGAUAACUGGAGAAGGAGAGCAGACAGGACUCAGAUGAAGGGGAACAGCUACUCGGCCCUGGGAAAAAACUCCGGGAACAUCCUCACCAGAGCUCCAACUGUACAGCCGGUCCAUGGCAGGGUAGACUGGACAUCCAAAUAUGGAGGAAAUCGAUAGAUCACACAGAGGAGGGACAACCUCAGCUGUAUGUUGGGACUUGGUCAUUUAGUGGCAUGAAGAGUUUUACUACGAUCCUGGUUGUAGAAACCACUAUGUUCCCCUGCACGAGUUACAUUUUCAAAAAAAUCACAUAUUAAAGUAGAUGUUAGAGGGUAGGAAAUAAUGCCAUCCCACAUCCUUCAAAGAGACAUUUCCAUGUCAUAACCAGAGAGCCUGAGACAUGUACUGUAUGAUCUUACUGUUUAUGUGUGUAGUCUGUAUGAUUGAAAGAUGACGGUUGCCAUGAUGCUGAACCAAGAAUGAUACCGUCUAAAAUGAUCCCAUUUGUACCUUGCAUUAACAUUUCUUUUUAGGCAUUUUGAUACCAAGAGGACUGCACUUUAGUACAUGCAUUCACACCAGUACCCCACAAUGUUUGUUUACUUAUAGCACAUGCCUUUUUCUUUUAAAAGCAUGUAUUUCACAAUACGAGGGAGAAAAGCUGUUUAAGAGGCACUGCUAGCCUCUUGGCUUGCAGCUAAUUCACCCCUAUUCUUUUUUACAGCUGGUGACAUAGCAUGCAGUGAUAGCAAGCCAGGGUAAGAGAGCUCCACAGAAGUAUGUAUGACUGUAAUUUUAGGGUGGGUAAGUGAGUUUCAAUAUUGGGUCCUCACUCAAGAUCUAUUGUUAAUACAAAGUUUGGGUACUAAAGUUCAGUCACUUGAUAUCUAAAUGCCCAAAACAUGCAAAAUUUAAUGCAUAUUAUAAACAGAGCAUAAAUGAGGGAGAAAAGCGUUCAAAGGGCACCAUGAGCCUCUUUACUUAUGGCUGGAUAGCCAUGCAUGCUAUGUGCAGGUAAGCUGCUAGCAACAUUAAAGAAUUGAGGUGAAUUAUUAAUAAGCUAAGAGGGUAAUGAUGCCACUUUAACAGCUUUUCUCCUUCAUUUGGUCAUAAACAUGCUUUAUAGUGAAUGGUGAUAUACCAUUUAGUAAAUGAGGUUUUUGGGGUAAUAGUUGGAGAAGUGGUAGUUACACUGAAAUGCCAACUCAGUUUAAGACAAAUGGCCAGCAUGGCUGCAUAGACAUAAACAAGCCAUGCUUAUCGCUUAUUGGUGGAGCAUUCCAGAUGAAGGCAUCCCAGACUCCUCUGUAUGCAGUCUGAGCAUCUUCUGUGGACACUGAGGAGAGCAUACUGCUUUGACACUUAACAUAAAGGAUUGCCCUGAGGUAUUGAACUACCCAGCACAGAUGUUAAUGCAAGCUCUUAACAGGAUCUGCAAGACAAUCCCACUGUAUUCCUGAGUAAUCAGGAUGCGCCAAGUCUACUGUUAGUGUUGUGAUAUGAGUAGGAGUUUAAUUUAAGAUAGCUUUAAACUUUUUUCUAUUCUAGCUGCAAGUAUUACCACUUAGGACCAACGUAAGCUGUUUAUUUAUACUUUCUGAAAUGCUUAUUUCACUCUCCUUUUAUCAAACAGGUGACUCUGAACAUCUUCCUUGUAAUUGUAGUGAAAGCUGUAACUUUGUC